UAUGUCAAACUUAUCUCAUAGUAGUUAAUCAUCCAGAAGUUCUUCACAAAAACGUAAUACAAAAAGACCUUAAAGAGACAAAAGGAAAAAGAAUAAUUCUGAUGAAUAUGACAGUCAAAUAGAUGAUGAAGAUGUAUCCUAAUAUGAGGGUAUCUAAAUUCUUUUUAUUUUAGGCAUGAGAUCCAGAAAUAAACAAUAACCUUUAUUAGGUCCUGGUAGAUUCAACAGAAGAGAAAAUAAACUCAAAAAACCUAAUUCUGUAUAUACUCCGGCGGCAACAACAUUUCUAUACAAACCUGGGGCAGAAUUACCUAAUCUAUCUAAUUUUAUCAAUUAAACUAUAGAAAUAAGAAUUGCUUGUGAAUAUGUUAACAAAAAUAACUAAUCAUUAAUACUUAGAUAGAUUUGGGGAUCUAAUGGUGUCUAUGCUAGUCAUAGUGAUGCAGUUUGUAUUGGCAUACAUGCAGGUCUAUUAGCACUUGGAGAUCUUAAAUUAACAGGAACAUUCUAUUAAGGAGUUAGUCUAUCUUGUAAAGUAAUUAAAGGCAAAAAAUCAUUAAAUGGUUAAUUAAAAGUCCCAUUACUUUCAAGAUCUCUCAAGACUCCGUGUGCUCAUUGUUUAAAACCUGAGAAAGUAAAUUGGUUGCCUUAAUUGGGAUCUCCUGAAUAAUUAAUAAGUUGGGCAAGAAAAAUGUCUUUGCCUCCAAAUAGGAGAUUAACUAAAAGAACUCAUCUGAAUGUUUUCUUACAUGAACCUCCUUAAAGCAGUCUACCAGAAAAUCUUUUAGUUAAUAAUCUACCUCCUCUAAAUGAAGGUUGGAUUGUUUGGGACAUGUGUAAUGAACCUAGUUAGAAAUACAAUCUACUUACAUUUUUAGAUAGAUAAACUGCUUAAGGAAUACCUAGUAGAACUUCAUAUAGAUUAAAAACUAAUUGUUUGUAUAUUGAAACAAGCAAUAAAAAGUAUAUAAUUCUAUAUAUAUAUAUAUAUUAGAUUUGAGAUUUCAAUGGAUCCUAAUAAAAUAGCUGAAGAAGUCUUUUUAGAUUCAUAGGUUUUUAUAAUUUCUGAAGUAAUAGUACCAUAAUAAUCAGAUAUUGAGAUGUUGUAAAAAUAUGGAGUAAUUAAAUUAAUUUAAUUAGUUAGGUUCCAUUGCCUAAAGAAUUUAAGAAACCAAUUUUAGAAAAAUUGAAAUGGACUAAUUUUGAAUGGGGUAAUGAUAAUGUUAUUAUUGAUGGAUAAAUAACAAUUCAAGGUUUGAAGAGCUUUAAAUUUGUACCAAUUACAAAGCAUUAACAUUUAUGA